GCCCGGUUCCGUAUUCCGUACCGUACCCUAAUACCCUUCACUUUAAGUUGAGUGGCGAAUACAGUGCGGUGCCGGUGUUCUAAUUAAUUUCUGAUAUCACUAUUCAUUGGGUUCUCUUUAUCACCAAAGAUGUCUGAAAAACAUUUAAAAGCUGGUUACCCUCUCCCUCCAUACAAUGGAAAGCUCCGUCUAUUCGCCAUGAGGUUCUGUCCGUACGCUGAGCGCAGUGUGCUGGUCCUCAAUGCCAAGAACCUGCAGUACGACCUGGUGUUCGUCAACCUAGACAGCAAGCCGGAAUGGAUCUUUGAGUUCAACCCGAAAGGUUCAGUGCCAGCAUUGGAAUACGAGCAAGGCAAAGCUAUCUUCGACAGCGCUAUCAUCAACACCUACCUCGAUGAGAAGUAUCCGGAAGUCCCACUGCAGGCCACGGACCCACUCCGCAGAGCACAGGAUAAAGUGUUUGUGGAACUGUUCUUGGGGGCACAUUCAUCCUUUUAUGUCGCUGCAUUCAACCCAGAUGGCUUCGAGUCUUCCCACCUAGAAGCCUACAACAAAGGCCUGGUACGCCUGGAGAAGGAACUAGAAUCCCGCGGUACCAAGUUCCUGCACAGUGACGAACCAGGGCUAGUAGAUUACACAAUCUGGCCUCAUCUGGAACGAUUUGAGUCUCUGCCACUCCUCGGGAAGACAGAGAUGGCUAUUGACAGCACUAAGUACCCACGUGUGGCAAGCUACUUGGAGGCGAUGAAGCAAGUGCCAGCCGUGAAGCAAUACUACCUAUCCGCCGAGACCCACGCCAAAUUCGUCGAGUCCAAGACGAAGGGCGAAGCCAACUACAACAUGCUCGACACUAGUGAUGUGUGCUGCAUGCGCCCUAGGAAGAAGAAGCAGUAAACGUUUACCAACUGUUUUGUACCCCUGGCUGAUUUGAAUAAAGCCUAGAAUGGAGCACCAGAAUAGUCAAUGUCAGGAGUGUUUCACCUUUUUUAUUGGCCCCUUUGUACCCCUGGCUAUUUCGAAUUAAACCUAGAAGAGCUAAUGUCAGGGGUAUUUCACCUUUUUUUAUGGAAUUUCAAUGAUAUUUCAUCAUUCAAAUGUCAAAACACUUCGUUAUAAUUAUGAUUGAAAAUUAGAGGGUGAAAACGCUUAGAUAUUGACUCAGAACUUCUUUAGUGCUGGGAUAAAAGUAAAAUCGAAAUGCACCUGUUUUUACCAACUAUUGCUUUUACUAUGGAUAGUUAGAAUCGUUAGAUUUGAUUUCAUUGGUGUCUUAAGUAUUUUCUAGACGUUAUUCAUUUGCCUUAAAAGACAAACGUAAAAAGCAAAAAGUACAUAAUAAUGUUUACAACUGCGAUAUUAACAAGGGAAUACUCUAUUUUGUAUGCAAUAUGGUCAAGCCGAAAUUUAUGUUAAGAAUCACUUUACACAAUUGUAAUGAAUGAGCAGACUUUGAUAUUACAAAAAAGUACAAUAAAUGUUUAAAGUAAC